AUGUACACACGCUCGGAAGACAGAGCCGGAGGUGUUGAGAAGAUGAGCAACCACUCCGUGGAUGACGAGUCUCGUUUCACAGAGAUCUGCACGAUCUUGUCGGUUUUCUGUGCGUUGUCGACCAUCGCUGUCACGCUUCGUUCUUAUACGCGACUGGUCCUGCUUCACACCUUUGGCUGGGAUGAUGGAGUUAUGGUGGGUGCCCAGAUCCUGGCCAUCGCCGCCGCUGUGACUAUUGGUCUAGAGAGCAAAUGGGGUCUCGGAUCACACACUUGGGUUCAGCCUGAAGCACAUCUUUUCCCAUACAUGAAGGCCUUUUACAGCUCCAUCAUAGUGUACAACAUGUCCAUGUGUCUCGUCAAAAUUUCUAUCCUACUCCAAUACCGGCGAAUUUUUGCUCUCCGGAUGAUGCAACGCAUUACCUUCUACGCUGUCGCGUUUAUGGUUGCUUGGUCAAUCACAAUCUUCUUCCUCCUGACACUCGUCUGCAUCCCAGUCGCCAAGUUCUGGGACCACGCUUUGCCGGGUAGAUGCCUGGACUCGUUGACCAUUUGGUAUGUCAUGGCCGCUUUCAACCUGGUCUCCGAUUUCGCCAUUUUCGGCCUGCCGUUGCCGGUAGUUCGGUCCCUUCAGUUACCCAAGAAGCAAAAGGUGAUGCUCUUCGCGGUCUUUGGCCUCGGGUUCUUCACCUGCAUCAUUUCCAUUAUUCGCAUCCGCACUCUCAAGAUCGCGGCUUCGACAGAUGACCCUAACUGGGACAAUGUGGAUGCGGCAACCUGGUCAUAUCUUGAAGUCACAACUGCCAUCCUCGCGGCUUGUUUGCCGACGCUAAGACCAGUCUUCGCCAAGAUGAUGCCCAGUCUGAUGGGCUCCUCCAUAAGAGGAAACCAAGGAUCGAGCUGGUCACGCAUGACGCUGGAAGGUGUCCGUGUCCGGUGUUUACAAAGUCACUGUCACGGUGGGGGUGAAGAGCCAUCACACCCCUACUGGGCAGCGCUGAAUCGUUCGUCUAAGGAAGGCGAGAAGUCGACCGGCGGGCAAGGGAGGCAUUCAAGCAACUACUCUAGUCACACAACAGGUCACGGUCGAGUCAAAGCAUGGGUCAGGAGAGCGGAGCCCGACAAGUGA